UUUCUGGGCAAUUUAUAUUUUUAAGUGGAGGCUCUGCGUCUGCUAAGUUGAAUUCAAAACUUUCUUGCUACGGCUGCAUUAGCAAUGGACAGCUGCUCACUGGGAGCUCUAACUGUCCCUGUGACGCCCUCUCCUUGUAGUGGGUUCGCCCAAAAAUCCUUCCUUCACGGCCAGAUUCUCCGAUUGCCCAGUUCCAGGAGACACCCAUUUGCGCGGAGGGUGAAGCUCCUUCAGCUCGGGAGGGCUAAGUCUUCAGGAGGGGCCAAAUAUAGCUCUGUCACAAUCAAAGCAGCCUUGAAGGGAGUCGAUGCGAAAGAAGAUGACCUUGCAUUUGUUGCUGGUGCCACUGGUCGGGUUGGGUCACGGACAGUGAGGGAGCUCUUAAAUUUAGGUUUCCGAGUUAGAGCUGGUGUCCGGAGUGCCCAGAAAGCAGAAGCUCUCAUACAAAGUGUUAAAGAAAUGAAGCUUGAAGGAUUACAACCUGUAGAGAAGCUUGAACUUGUUGAGUGUGACUUGGAGAGGCCUGCUGAUCAGAUCGUCCCAGCCCUAGGAAAUGCUUCGGUGGUCAUAUGUUGCAUUGGGGCCAGUGAAAAGGAAGUUUUCGACGUGACUGGACCCUGCAGGAUCGAUUAUCGGGCCACCAAGAACCUUGUCGAUGCAGCAACCGCUAUGAAGGUUAACCACUUUAUCCUGGUCUCCUCUUUGGGAACAAACAAGAUUGGAUUUCCCGCUGCUAUUUUGAAUCUAUUUUGGGGAGUUCUUAAUUGGAAAAGGAAGGCAGAGGAAGCACUCAUAGCUAGUGGUAUACCGUACACUAUAGUGAGGCCUGGUGGAAUGGAGCGGCCUACCGAUGCUUAUAAAGAAACUCACAACAUUACACUCUCAGAAGAAGACACUUUAUUUGGAGGGCAAGUGUCCAAUCUUCAGGUGGCGGAAUUAAUGGCAGUUAUGGCAAAAAACCGCAGCCUAUCUUACUGUAAGGUGGUGGAAGUGAUUGCAGAGACAACAGCUCCGUUACUUCCUAUGGAAGAGCUCCUCGCAAAGAUACCGUCUCAACGUGCUGAACCCAGGGUGUCAGAUGCUGCAGAAGUUCCUGUUUCUUCACCUUCUACUGUCGUUACUUCUGAGCCUCCGAUUGUUCCCAUUGUCGAGAAGGAAACUCCCGAGACCAAAUCAACAGCACCAAGGCCACUUUCUCCUUAUACUGCUUAUGAUGAUCUAAAACCUCCCACUUCCCCAUCUCCAACUCCAUUGGGCGGUAAAAAGGAAGAAGCUAGAGAGAUCCCAGAAGCAAUUUCAGACAUAGUGGCUACUACAACAGAGAAAGAGAUCCCAGAAGCAGUUUCAGACAAAGUGGCUCCUACACCAGCUACCGGGGAGGCAAAAGCAGAAUCGUCUGAAGCACAAAAACCGCAACCUCUUUCCCCUUAUACUGCUUAUGCUGAUCUGAGGCCACCAACCUCUCCAAGCCCUACAUCCAGUGGUCCUAAACAAGAAGUGUCUAAUUCCUCCACAUCAGAAGAAACCAUAAACCAGUCUCUUGGUGGCAAUGAUGUGGCAAAUGUUUUAGCUUCUGGUGAAGAGUAUCCUUCAAAUGCUUCAGCUUCUUAUCACUCACCCUACUUCGUGUAUGACGACUUCAAGCCUCCUUGUUCACCAUCCCCAAGUGCACCUUCUCCACCAUCUCCUUCACCAACCUCAUUGGACCCUUCAGGUAAUGGUGCGGCAAAACCUUCAGCGCCGGUUGAGCCACCAAAGGAUGUGGAAGAUCAUUCAGAGAAGAAGCCUAGUCCACUUUCUCCCUAUACGAUGUACGACGACUUGAAGCCUCCAACAUCUCCAACACCAUCUGCAUAGAAUCCUUGAAGCUCACUGUCAUCAUUCGAUUAUUUCAAGGCACUGCACCAAAAAUCUAUUUCUCAUUCUCAGGAUCAAUUGAAUUAGUUGCUUGUUUGCUUUGAGCUCAUGCCGGGCAAUAAUGUGAUUUCAGCAGAAAAAUUGGGAGUGGUUCAGGAUCUUAUGCUGCAAGCAACUGGAACUUGGUCACCUCCAAUGGAAAUUCGUUGUAUGUGAUAUUUACAGUUCAACCACAUGCUCAAAACCUUCAAAUUUUUUGUACAAGAGGACUCUCUUUUUGUCUGCAAAUCUCUUGCUACAAUGCAUAAUGUCAAGUUUAUUCCAUCGGUA